CAAUGGUACAGUUCAAAAGCAUUGACAAAAUGAACCAAUUCUUUUUGGAUUACUGAACACUGGCAGCAGAAUAAGCGUAUUUUCUAUUUCUUCCUCAUAUCGCUGUAUUUGUAUCAAAUUAUUAGACGUUAUGUUUUGGAUUAGGAUGAGAGUUAGGAAUACAAUAUAUUUAAGUUUAUGCUGGUUCUUCUGCAUCCAAUGCAAAUAUUAUGUGGACGGUAUGUGUGAGCUUCUACUAACCAAGGUGAAUGCAAGGAUACCCAGUUGCUAUGCACAUUAUUCAACGACAAAAUGUGUUUGUCAAGAUGCUAUUUGUGAUGGUUGCCGAUACAUUUGCAACGGAACAUGCUCGGCCAUAUAUGACGAACAUGAAACUUGUGAUGAUUGCCGAUCCGUUUGCCAAGGAGCAUGCAUGAGAAAAAACAAUAGUGAGGAAAAUGUUGUUGUCGCUGUGGUAGUGUCGUGUUGUGUAGUCAUCGUGAUUAUAGCAAUUCUCAUCACAAGUUGUUACUGGAUUCACAAAAAAAACAAAGGAAAUGGAAGAUCGAAUUCAAAAUCAUCUACAGUGAGGUAUUCUGCCGAAAACGAGAAAGUUGACAUUGAAGGUGAAACGAGUGUUGCGACCCAGCCACUGCCAGCCAUACCUGUACAGAAUCACUACAUUCCAUCCACUUUACAACAGAAUACCUACGAACAAAUUGAUCCUGAAUACAUAGGCCUCCAACAAGACAAAAAUGACGCUGCAUCCUCGAUCCUCCAACUAAACAAUGAUGCGAUACCAAAUGGCAACUCCUCAGCAAUUACAGACAUGAGUGAAACUAUCAAUCUGAAAUUAGGUGAAGAUAAAAGCGAGACGAUGUUAAACUCAAAUGUAUCGAUCGGUAAACCUAUACCUGCGUAUUAUACUUUGCAGAGAGAUGAGAAUAGUGACGUCACUGAAACGUCACACACAAUUGAGGCCAACGAUGAUGGGGAAGCCGAUGAUUAUGCGAUGUUGAGGCAAAGUGAUAUUGAAGAAGAAUCAUACAGUAAAUUAAAUCACAACACGCACAAAACUGUUCCGAAUGACGUAACUGACGACUACAACAAGCUGAUCCCCACCCCUGCGUUCGAUGAAGAGUCUGAAGAAUAUUCCCAUUUUAACAGGACAUCUUUAAACGUGGAUGAAAGCGUCAAGGAUCCCGGCUACGGUAAACUAAACCAUUCUAAAGACGAACCAGUUGAAUGUACAGCUAAAUCGAAUGAUGGUUAUGAAGAAACUUUACCAGGCGACGUUAAACCUAAAUAUGUAACUCCUGGAGGUUCAGAAAAAUUAAAAGACAACAAUCGGGUGGAAAAAACUAACAAACGGGUUGAAAAAGCCAACAUGAAUAAUGGAUACGAAGAAGCAAUUAUUAAGAACUCAGAUCAACCAGAAGGUAAACCUAAUGCAGAAAGAGAAAAUCUGAAUAAUGGAUACGAAGAUUGUUAGAAGUUCAAUUUAGCCAGAAGGCAACACCAAUUCGGGAAGAGUCAAUGGCGAAAAUAUUUUUAACAUUUUUUUUGUACAUUUUGUCUUAUAAAGGAAGAGCAAGCGGCAAAUUAAUAUAUAUAUAUAUAUAUAUAUAUAUAU